AUGCUACGCCGUUUUGCACGCAUUCCUCGCACCAGGUUGUCUAUGACGUCCCGUACCCAGCUCUCUGGUACAAUCGCUGCCGCACGUCUUGCUCAGACAACUGGACAUCUUACGGGUUCGAAUUCUACUAGCGGUUCAAUUACAACCUCUGUACGCAUGAGCUCCAACAACGCAUCUUCGAGCUCCAGUGGGGCACCCAAAAUUGAAUUUCGAGAAAUCAAUAAUAUAACAUGCUUUGGCGCUGGAUUGAUGGGUGCUGGGAUUGCGCAAGUUGCAGCACAGAAUGGAUUCAAAGUCACUCUCUGCGAUGUCACUCCCCAAGCCCUCGAAAACGGACUCAAGAUUAUUAAAACAUCUCUGGGUCGAAUCGCCAAGAAGGCACACCCGGACUCCGUCGAGCAGCAAAAAUCCUUUGUGGAUAGCCUGGCCUCGACCAUUGUUACCACCACCGACGCACAGGAAGCUGUGAAACAGGCGGACCUUGUCGUGGAAGCUAUUGUGGAGAAUUUGGAAGUUAAACGCAAACUAUUCUCUUCACUCGAUAGUUACGCACCCGAGCAUUGCAUAUUCGCCACAAAUACUAGCAGCUUGAGUGUUACGGAGAUUGCGGAUAGUACUGGCGAGAAUCGACGGUCAGCAUUUGGUGGUCUACAUUUUUUUAAUCGUGAGUGGUCGCUUCCAGUCGUGUUUAUCGCUAAACUGUUGACGACCUUUACCCAGCUACCCCAGAUGAAGCUUGUCGAAGUCAUCCGAACUUCGAACACCUCCGACGCUACCAAUGCAGCUCUCCUGGAUGUGUGCAAAAGAAUGCAGAAAACAAGCGUCAGCUGCAAAGAUACCCCAGGUUUCAUUGUCAAUCGACUACUUGUGCCCUACAUGCUGGAAGCGGUGAGAAUGCUUGAACGUGGUGAUGCAACUGCCGAAGAUAUCGACACCGCCAUGAAACUUGGAGCUGGAUACCCUAUGGGACCUAUUCAACUUACGGACUUUGUGGGGCUGGACACGUGCCAACACAUUAUGUCAGGUUGGCGGGAAAAGGGGGCACUAUCCCCUGAACUCGUUCAACCGAUCAAGGCUUUGGAAGAGAAGGUUAAAGAAGGAAAGCUCGGAAGGAAAACUGGCGAAGGAUUCUUCAAGUAUUAA